AUGUCAAUAAGAUCAAAUCCUCCAAUCCAUUACGUCACUGCGUUCAACCAAGAGAACCUUCCAUCCUCUAUCUCCUUCAAGCCAAGAAAAACAUUCGACACAAUCUUCUCCAAAGUAAGAAAUGCCCCAAAUUAUCUCUUCACCAAACACCAUCCAAUCUCAAAAACCCUCCCACCGUCUACGGUAUUCACCACCACAACCAAAACUUCUUCAUCCACACGAGCACCAGAAUCAUCCAUACACGAACAACUACAUGUUGGGAUUCUUGAAACCUUAGACGAAUUGAAACAAUUAUUAGAUCUUAAGCCAUUCAAUGUGCCCCCGAACCACGAAAGCGUAAUUGGAGAUGAAUAUGACGAUGACGACAAGGAGUACAAUUUAAGAAGGGAGCAUUAUUGUUUAUUAAUACGAUAUAAUCAAUUACUCGAAUCUAUAGUCUCCAAGAAUAAUGAGAUCAACUUAACGAGAUUCAAACUGAGGUGUUUGAUAAAUGAGCUUGAGCAGGCGAUGACAAUGAUUGGUUGUGAGAUGCAGCCUAUUCUGAUUGAAGGGAGGCUGCAUGGGGUGCGGAUAGCUACGUAUGGUGCUGUUGAGGGAUAUGGGAAUGGAAAUGGGAUUGAGGUGGGGGAAAAGGGUACAGAUUGGGACAGUCGGGAGGAGGAGAUUUCGAGGAAGUUGCAGUUUUUGUUUAGUCCGACUGAGGAAUUCGAUACGACUUGUGAAUCAGGAGAGACUUGA